GAAAGAUUGGAAAAUGGAUAGAAUUGGAUGAAGGGUUUGAUGACGAUAAAUAUACUUAUAAUGGGACUAUAAUAUCAAUGGUAUGGGACAUAAUGUAUUGUAAAUAUGGUGAGAAAGAAUAUAAAAAUAUGUAAAUAUUUAAAAAUAUAUAUAUAGUGGUGGUGGAUCAUAUGAUUAAGAUGGAACCCAGAAAAAGAUUGGAAAUUGGGCAGAAUUGGAUGAAGUGUUUAACGAUGAUAAAUAACUUACUUAUUAUGGUGAAUAUAAUAGGAAUGGUAUGAAAUAGAAAGAUGGGAUAGAAUAAAUUUGACUUAUCAAUACAAUUUAUGGUAAUCAUUUAAUCUAAGUUUAUUAGCGGUUGCAUAAAUUUUGAUAAUAAUGGAAAUGAGAUUUAUAGGAACG